GCCCCCGCCCCGCCCCACCCGGCCAGACACGCCCCCGAUACGUCCUAGACACGCCCCAGACACGCCCAGAACACGCCCCCGUCCCGGCGCUCCGCGGGGUCAGGACGUGCUCGCGCCCGCGGACGCGGGGAACUUGCAGCCGCGCGCUCGCGCUCCCGCCUUAGGCCUGUGUCAGCCCGUCAUUCCGGCUCCCGCGAUGUCGGGUCGCAGGCCUGCCUCCGGCGGCGCCGCUCCCUGCCGCCCAGCUCCUGCACGGCAAGCGGUUUUGAGCAGGUUCUUCCAGUCCGCGGGAAUCCUGACUUCUGCCUCUGCCUCAGCGGGUGCAGCUGCGAAGGCUGACCCGGCUUCUGACUCAACAGCUCCCCCAGCGUCGGCUCUCCAGCCUCAGAUGCCGCCACACGUGGUUGCAAAAAUUGAAAAAAGUAAAAAGAGACCACUGGAGAAUGAUGGCCCUGUUAAAAAGAAAGUGAAAGUUCAAGAAAAGGAAGAAAGAAAUAAUUCAGUGAUGGCUGGGAACCUCGAACCAAAGAAAGGCCCAAGGACCAGGGUUGUUUUAAAGUCUCUGGAAAAGUUGAAAGAGUUCUGCUGUGAUUCUGCACCUCCUCCAAGUAGAGUUGAGACAGAUCCUCUUAAGGAGAAAUUUGCAGUUCUUUCAAAAUGUACUGAUUUUGAUGAUAUCACUCUUCUACAUGCAAAGAAUGCAGCUUCUUCUGAAGAUUCCAAAUCUCCUACUAAUCAAAAGGACAAAACACUUUUGGAUCUCAGUCAGUUUGAAUCAGCACAUGGCAGUCAUGAAAACUUACAGAAAACUUGUGAUCCUAAACCAUCAAACAAACGGACGAAAAGCAUCUAUACACCAUUAGAAUUGCAGUACAUGGAAAUGAAGCAGCAGCAGAAAGAUGCAAUUUUGUGUGUGGAAUGCGGAUAUAAGUAUAGAUUCUUUGGAGAAGAUGCAGAGAUUGCAGCCCGGGAACUCAAUAUUUAUUGCCAUUUAGAUCACAACUUUAUGACAGCCAGCAUACCUACCUACAGAUUAUUUGUUCAUGUACGCCGCCUGGUGGCAAAGGGAUAUAAGGUGGGAGUUGUGAAACAGAUGGAAACAGCAGCAUUGAAGGCCAUGGGGGAUAAUAAAAGUUCCCUUUUUACUCGGAAAUUGACUGCUCUUUAUACAAAAUCUACACUAAUUGGAGAAGAUGUGAAUCCUUUAAUCAAGCUGGAUGAUACUGUGAAUGUUGAUGAGAUAAUGACAGAUACUUCUACAGGCUUUCUUCUGUGUAUCUGUGAGAAUAAGGAAAAUAUUAAGGACCAAAAAAAGGGGAAUGUUCUUAUUGGAAUUGUGGGAGUGCAGCCUGCCACAGGUGAGGUUGUGUUUGACAGUUUCCUGGAUUCGGCUUCCCGCUCAGAGCUGGAAACUCGGAUAGUGUGCCUGCAGCCCGUGGAGCUGCUGCUUCCUGCCUGCCUGUCGGAGCAAACAGAAGCGCUCGUCCGCAGAACCACAGCUGUCAGUGUGCGGGAUGACAGAAUUCGAGUAGAAAGGAUGAAUAACAUGUAUUUUGAAUACAGCCAUGCGUUCCAGGCAGUUACAGAAUUUUAUGCAAAAGAAGCAGUUGACCUUAAAGGUUCUCAGAGUUUUUCUGACAUUGUUAACUUGGAGAAACCUGUGAUUUGCUCUUUGGCUGCCAUAAUAAGAUAUCUCAAAGAAUUUAACUUGGAAAAGAUACUCUCUAAACCCAAGAAUUUUAAACAGCUGUCAGGUGAAAUGGAGUUUCUGACCAUUAAUGGAUCAACGUUAAGAAAUCUGGAAAUUCUGCAAAACCAGACUGAUAUGAAAACCAGAGGAAGCUUAUUUUGGGUUUUAGACCACACCAAAACGUCAUUUGGGAGACGGAAGUUAAAGAAGUGGGUGACCCAGCCACUCCGUAGACUAAGGGAAAUAAAUGUUCGUCUUGAUGCUGUAUCUGAAGUUCUCCAUUCAGAAUCUAGUGUGUUUGGUCAGAUAGAAAAUCACCUACGGAAACUGCCUGACAUAGAGAGAGGACUCAGUAGCAUCUACCACAAAAAAUGUUCUACCCAAGAGUUCUUCUUGAUUGUCAAAUCCCUUCAUUACCUGAAAUCAGAAUUUCAAGCAUUAAUACCUGCUGUUAAUUCCCAUGUGCAGUCAGACUUGCUCAAGAUGUGUCUUUUAGAAAUUCCUGAAAUUCUCAGUCCAGUAGAACAUUACUUAAAGAUACUGAAUGAACAAGCUGCCAAAACUGGCAAUAAAACUGAAUUAUUCAAAGACCUUUCUGAUUUUCCUUUAAUAAAAAAGAGGAAGGAUGAAAUUAAAGAUGUUACUGACAAGAUCCAAUUGCAUUUGCAAGAAAUUCGGAAAAUACUUAAAAAGCCGUGUGCGCAAUAUGUAACAGUAUCAGGACAGGAGUUUAUGAUUGAAAUAAAGAAUUCAGCUUUGUCUUGCAUACCAUCUGAUUGGGUUAAAGUUGGAAGCACAAAAGCUGUGAGUCGUUUUCACUCUCCUUUUAUUGUAGAAAAUUACAGACAUCUGAAUCAGCUCCGGGAGCAGCUCGUCCUUGACUGCAAUGCUGAAUGGCUUGAUUUUCUAGAGAAUUUUGGUGAACAUUAUCUCUCCUUGUGUAAAGCAGUGCAUCACCUAGCAACUGUCGACUGUAUCUUCUCCCUGGCCAAGGUCGCUAAGCUGGGAAAUUAUUGCCGACCAGUGGUACAAGAAGAACAGAAGAUAGUCAUAAAGAAUGGCCGGCACCCUGUGAUCGAUGUCCUGCUGGGAGAACAGGAACAAUAUGUUCCCAAUAAUACAGAUUUAUCAGGGAACUCAGAGAGAGUAAUGAUAAUCACUGGACCAAACAUGGGUGGAAAGAGCUCCUACAUAAAACAAGUGGCCCUGAUUACUAUCAUGGCUCAAAUUGGCUCUUAUGUUCCUGCAGAAGAAGCAACAAUUGGAAUUGUGGAUGGCAUUUUCACAAGAAUGGGAGCUGCUGAUAAUAUAUAUAAAGGACGGAGUACAUUUAUGGAAGAACUGACUGAUACAGCAGAAAUAAUAAGAAAAGCAACGUCACAGUCCUUGGUAAUCUUGGAUGAACUGGGCAGAGGAACAAGCACGCAUGAUGGAAUUGCCAUUGCUUAUGCUACACUUGAGUAUUUUAUUAGAGAUGUGAAAUCCUUAACCCUGUUUGUCACCCACUAUCCUCCAGUUUGUGAAUUAGAAAACAGUUACUCAGAACAAGUGGGCAAUUAUCACAUGGGAUUCUUGGUCAAUGAGGAUGAAAGCAAACACAAUCCAGAUGAAGAAGAAGUCCCAGAUUUUGUCACUUUCCUCUAUCAAAUAACCAGAGGAGUUGCAGCAAGGAGUUAUGGACUGAAUGUGGCUAAACUAGCAGAUGUUCCUGGAGAAAUUUUAAAGAAAGCAGCUAGCAAGUCAAAGGAGCUGGAAGAAUUAGUAAAUACGAAAAGGAGCAAGCUUAAGUGUUUUACAGAGCUGUGGGUGACGAAUGACCUAAAAGACCUGCAAAAGUGGACUGAAGAAGUUCCAGUGGAAGGAAUUACAGACUUGUCUUCCUGAUUGGAACAAAGACUGUGUUUUUGAACAGAAACUGAAGAAUUAAAAUUCUCUGCAAAACAACUCUCCCGUCACAGCCCAUCUUUGUGUGAUAGGAGCAUAAAAUUACAGCUGUGGUAUAUGCCUUUGGGAACCAAAAGACCUUUUUGGAGGAAAGUCUGUCUCAGGUCUCUCAUCCUGACUUUUCAGCAUAUGAGCAUUUUUUAUAAUAAGGCAUAAUAAUAUCAUUAUUACAAUUGUUAAAAAAUGUCAUUAUCUCCAUAGAAAAUCCAAACCUUCUACGUGUCAGGGAUGUAGGUCUGGUAGAGCCUGUACUUGGGUGUAUAGAGUUCCUCCUUGGAACUAAAUAGAUAAAGAAACGAGGUUCAAUAUUUUUAAGUCUGAAGUGGUAGAAUAUAAUUCAUGAACUUUUAAAAGAGUGGUAUAAAAUUUUAACUCAUACUUUGGUGUUAUUUCAGAUACUUUUCAACUGACUGAAAGACCUAGCAGAAAUAGACUUUUGUUUGAACUCAAAUGAUUUGAUAAUAUUGUCAGUUAAUUCAUCAGGAGCAUAGAUUUUUUUUAUAAGAAACAGAGAUUAUCAGGGUUUUAGAAAAUAGCCCACAAAAAAGGAGUAAAAUUUCAUGUGAAAAUUCGGAAAGCUAAAUGUUGACACAGUCUUAAACAUGUUAAAAAUUGUUGGAUGAAAUUAUGUGUCAUUCAAGUAAUAAAUAUUCUAUGCAUGGCUGUUUUUAAUAAUUUUUUUCUGUUGAAAUUGAGGGUGUUACUGACAGUUGUCACUGUUCAGUUUGAUUAGAACCAAGACUGUGGCCCCUUCCACACACAAGGAACUGAGGUUCUCACUUUGGAUCCAUUAACAGACAAGGUUCCCUUUCCCCCACCCUCUCGCCAGUGCUCGAUGUCUCUUCUUUUUUCACAAUAGCCCUUCUCAAAAGUGUGAAGAGGAUACCUCACUUGGGUUUGAUUUGCAUUUUCCUGACAGUUACAAUUUUAUAGCAUUUCAUAACAAUGAAAAUUUACCCAUUAGCAUUUACUCUCCAUUCCUAUCCCACAACCCUAGCUGUUAACAGCCGAGAUCAGUAAUCUGCUUCUGGCUCUAUAAAAUAGCCUGUUUGGGACAUUUUAUAUGAAUAAAAUUAUAUAGUGUGCAAUCUGUUAUAUUUAGGAGCCAGAGAGAUACUACAGCAGGUAAGGCACUUGCCUCGUACACGGCUGAAAGGUGUUGGAUCUCUGAUACUUCGUAUGGUCUCCGGAGUCCCGCCAGGUGUGAUUCCUGAAUGUAGAGCCAGGACCUUAAGCCCUGAGCACCGACUGGUGUGACAAAAUAAAGAAAAAUUAAUAAUAAACAUCUAUUAUAUCUAAAAGCUUUUUUUUUUUAAACUUUGCUUUUUGGGUCUGGAGCUAUAGCACAGCAGUAGGGCGUUUGUCUUGCAUGCAGCCAACCUGGGUUUGAUUCCUCCGUCCCUCUUGGAGAGCCCAGCAAGCUACCAAGAGUAUGCCACUCUCACUGCAGAGCCUGGCAAGCUACCUGUUGUGUAUUCGAUAUGCCAAAAACAUUAAUAAGUCUCAUAAUGGAGACGUCAUGUUACUGGCACCCACUCGAGCAAAUUGAUGAACAACGGGACGGCAGUGCUACAGUGCUACAGUGCUUUUUGGGUCACACCUGGCAAUGCACAGGGGUUACUCCUGGCUCUGCACUCAGGAAUUACUCCUGGUGUUACUCAGGGUACCAUAUGAGAUGCUGGGAAUCGAACCCUGUGCAAGGCAAACGUCCUACCCGCUGUUCUAUCGCUCCAGUCCCCAAGCUUUUUUCAUAUAGCAUACUGUCUCCAACAUUCAUCCCUCUGACAUGUAAUUUUAUUCUUUAAGCAUUUUAUUCUUGUUGGUGAAAAUAUUUUAUGUACAAUAACAUUGGACUUAUUUUUCCAUUCAUCAACUGAUGUAUAUUUGGAUUAUUUCUAUUAAGGGACUUGUAUAAAUAAUUGCCUUAAAAUUUAUGAAUGCUUUUUAAUGUCGAUUUUUUUUAAGUAUUUUUUUAAGUUCCCCCAAAUCACUCUAAUGUGCAUCAGGCUGUAAACCUGAGUCUCAAUUAUUGCUAAAUAUGUAGACAGCGUCUUUUGUUGGGUUAUGACUGUUCUGCUUUAUUUGUCAGAACAAAGCAUUUAUCAGCCUUCCCAGUAAAUAUUUAUUGAAUAAAAAAUUUUAAGAAAGAACAUGUUCAGUCUGGAAUUGAACCCAGGACCUCAUGCAAGCAGGGCAAAUACUCUACCACUGACCUAUAUCCGUGACCGCUUACAAACUCUUUCUGGUUAGCAGUCAAAUGAAAGUAUUCCUGUCAGGGUACAGAGCAAUAAUACAGCAGGUUGUGUGCUUGCCUUGCAUGGGGCCGACCCCUGUUCAGUCCUCAGCACCGCAUACAGUUCCCACAUACAUAGAGCCAUGCUAGGAGUGACUUGAACACAGUCAAGGUUAAGUCCUGAGCACCACCACGUUCUCCCACCCUACAAAAUAAAAUAAUUCUGUUUAUAAUAAAGAUUCCAUAGCACAGUGGGUAGGGUAUUUGCCUUGCACGCGGCCGACCUGGGUUUGAUUCUUCUGUCCCUCUCAGAGAGCCUGGCAAACUACCAAGAGCAUCCCGCCUGCACAGCAGAGCCUGGCAAGCUACCCGUGGCAUAUUCAAUAUACCAAAAACGGUAACAAACAAGUCUCACAAUGGAGACGUUACUGAUGCCCGCUCGAGCAAAUUGAUGAACAACGGGACUACAGUGCUAGGACAAUACAUUCUAGUUCCAUACUGAAGCUUACUGUAUGUUAUUGUGGGACAUGGAAACAGCAGAAGGAUUUUUCUGUUUCUAAGUUUGGGCCUGUUAUCACAUGGUAGUAGAAAUACAGCUGGUUAAACUGCUCACAGCAUGAAUUGCAGAGUAAAGACUAGAUUGAAUCCAGUGUAGUGUACAAAUUAAUGUUGGCCUUUCUGAAGUUCCAAGAUCAAUAUUAAUUACUGUUCUGCUCUGUCAUUUUUAAAAAAGUGCUGUUUGAUCUUACACGUAAAGAAUACAUGUGGAGAGAAAAGGAAAGUUGGAUUAAUACUAUCUGUCAUCUCUAAAUUUGGAGUUAAGAUCGAUACCUCUUUGAAACAUUGUAGUUCUAUAUGAUUAUUGUUAGGAUUUUAAUUACCAAAGAUCUAUUACCAUUGAAGGGGACAUUCAUUCUUGUUUGCCUGGGAUAGACCUGGUCUGCACCUGCCUUUCCAAAAAUAUUUAUUAAAUGUUUCUUCUACUCAACAGAGACUUGUAUUUGAUCACUUAUAUGUGUAUCCAAUAAAAAGUGUUGUUUCAUAGGUAACUUCCUGCCUGAUAGAUUUUUGACUGUUUUAAAUAACCAUUUCUUAGGCCAGAGAGAUAGUUCAAUAGGUAGGAUGCUUGCCUUGCAAGCAGCAGGCCCAAAUUCAAUCUCUGGCACCAAAUAUGAUCUUCUGAGCACUGCCAAGAUUGGUCCCUGAGCAUCACCAGGUGUGGCCCAAAACAACAAAAAUGUUUUCCUUACUCAUUGGAUUCACUGAUUUUAAUCUCAAAGUCCUGCCACUUGUUUUUUGCCUUUUCAUAAUUAAUGUUUUUGUGAUGUGUCAUUUCAAAACUACAAUACUCUGUAGAUUGGCAUAUUAGAACUAUACUACCUAAGCUGUUUUUGAAACAAAAAUCCUCCCAAAUAACCUGUUUCAUGGCUUGUUUUGAUAAAAUCACAGUGAACAGUGUGUCCCUACUUGAUUUCAUGAACUGCAUAGCAGGGCCUUCUUCUCCAGAUGUUACUGAGCACAGGAGGAAGAGUCCUUUCCACUAGUCAUUUUACCCUUGCCCAAAUAUUCUGUUCAGAGUCUUCAAAUUUAUGGGUUUUUUUUUUAACAUUUAAAGGUUUUAUUCAUGUAUCAAAGAUAGUGUAUGACCAGCUUUUCCCACCCUCAAACUACCCCCUUCUUUCUCCUAGAUACGCAGAUCACACUAACCAUAGGACGGGUUUUAUGUAGAUUGCAGGAGUGUCUCUCUAGCGCUCUUUCAUCUGAGUCUCUGGGGCUGGGUAUCAGGAAUAUCAGUCACUCUCCAUUUUUGUUCUGUCUCUUCCCCAUUUUCUCUCCUUUCCUUUCUCAUCUCCCUGAAUGUUCAGGGAUCUUGACCAAAAUUGAAUUUGUUAAAACCCAUAUUCUCGGGCUGCAGAGAUAGUACAGAGGUUAAGGUGCUCUCCUUGUAUGUGGCCAUUUCCAAUUUAAUCCCUGGUACUCCAUAUGGUCCCCCACAGCACUGCCAGCAGUGAUCCCUGAGUGCAGAACCAGCAGUACAGCUGUGUGUGGCCAGAAACAUGUUCUUGAAUCAUCAACCAUCUUUGGGAUUCUGUUGUUUUGUUGUUGUUUGUUUGGGAGAAGGAAGGGUCACACCGGUGAUGCUCAGGGGUUACUCUUGGCUCUGUACUCUGGAAUUACUCCCAGCGGUGCUCAGGGAACCAUAUGAGGUGUUGGGGAUCGAACCCAGGUAAACCGUAUACAAUCAAAUGCCCUACCCACUGUACUAUGGCUCUGGCCCCUUUGGGAUUCUGACUGACUCAGUUGUUCUGGUGUGAGGCUCGGGGAACUUUAUUCUUUUUCAAAAUAGGCUGUUCAUAGAGACAGGGACACAUACAAAUGAACAAGAACAACCAGUGCUGGUACGGAUGCGGGCAGAAGGACCCUCGUUCAUUGCUGGUGGGAAUGCUGCCUGGUCCAGCCUUUUUGGAGAACAAUAUGAACGUUCCUCAGAAAACUAGAAAUUGAGCUCCCAUUUGAACCAGCAAUACCACUUCUCGGAAUAAACCCAGGGGGUCUAAAAACACACAGAGAAAAUCACACACAUACUUCUAUCUUCAUUGCAGCACUAUUCACAAUAGCCAGAGUCUAGAAACAACCUGAGUGCCCCAGAAUAGACGAUGGAUAAAGAAACUGUGGUACACCUACAUAGUGGAAUACUACACAGCUAUUAGGAAAAAUUAGGUCAUGAAAUUUGCCUGUAAAUGGAUAGACUUGGAGAGUAUCAUGCUGAGUGAAAUGAGUCAGAAGGAGAGGGACAGAUACAGAAUGACCACAUUCAUUUGUGGGAUGUAAAAAACAAAAACUAUGAAACAUAUCCAAGGCCAGCAAAAGCAGGCCAGGAGGAGUGAUCAGUGGUUGGUCAGUGGUGUGGGAGAUGAAGGGUAAAGACAGAGGAGGGUCCAUUAUGACAAUACAAGUCAGAAAUGAUCACUCUGGACAAGAACUGAGUGUUGAAAGCAGGUAAAGGGGUAUAGAUGAUACCCUUUCAGCAUCUGUA